UCUUUAUUGUUCUGAUUGAAACUGAACAAAUAAUCACAGAUAAAUUUAGCGAUAGACUGUACAUCAAUGCUAUGAUUGAACUAGUAAGCGUACCAAGACGAGUUGAGUUAUAUUCAAUUCAUUUAAGUUACUCAAAGUUGUUAUUACUAAAACAGUUUUACUUUUAUUAACAUUGACUAACUGAUUUGCCAGCAAUUACAAUGAAAAAUACGAUCGGACUCAUCUUUUUAUUUGCCGUGAUCAAUGUAUCAUUAUCUGCAUCAAUACGAGAGUUUGAAUUUCUAAAAAGUUUGUAUCCUCAUGAAGAAAUACCGAAAAUUGUACUAACUUCUAUGGUAACUCGACGAAUUGAUCAAGUAAAGACUUUAUGUGCAAAAGAAUGGAUCGCUGAAGACUACAAAACCUUCUUAAAUGCUAGUGUUCAAGCAUUACAAUUAAUUUUGGAUUCAAUGGAUUCGAAUGACACUCAAAUUGGUGAUCUGUUCGAACCUUACUCAUAUAUUGUGAACCUUUUAAAUGAUUCAAACAAUGUCACAAGAACCUUUUACGAUUCCAUUAUAAAAUCGUCAGAAUUACUUACGGAAACGAUGAAUGCAAAUGACGAUCAGUACGGUGAUUUGUUUGAAUCUUACUCACAUAUUGUGCAACUUAUAACCGAUGUUAGCAAUGUCAUGAAAUUUUAUAAUAAUGAUUACUUGACUAUCAAUUCAAGCUCUAAUUUCACAAGAGAUGAACUUGAAGCCAUGAUGGAGGCUUAUAUUGGUGACAUUGAGAUGGUUCGUAAGUGUGAAGUAUCCUUAGGACGUUCAGUGCGAGUAAACUUGAGGAUCGUUGAAACUAUAAAAUCGUUGUCCAAAGGAAUGCAAAGAUAUGAGUUUUUCAAUGACGAUGAAUCGAUCAGUUUUUCACGUAAAGUAAUGAAUAUAUGUUUGUUGCGAUUCAAAUUAUUGUUGAAUCAAUUUACAGACAUUUUCAUUCAUUAUCAGUCAUAAUUUUCAAGCUUAUCUAAAAUCUGUAUUAAAAAAUUGAUGAUAAAAUAAAAUAAAUAAAUAAAA